UCCGCCAUAAGUCUCUGAAAUUGAAGUCAUCAACUGAACAGCAAGAUAGAGUACGGCGAGGACCAGAUACUUGCCUUUUAAUUGUAGUUUUCUAACUGUCAGAAGUUAAUUUGGCUAUUUAAAUUGCAUCGGAAAUUUGCAAACCUCCGAUUAAGGAUUUUAGUUGCCAACAAUUUUUUGCUAGCCAGCAGUUGCCUUCUUGCUGUAUUUUUAGGAGGCGUAGCUAGCGAAGUUAUGUCACAGAUAGGAGGUUUGGUUAUGUCAGCCAACGAACGUUAGGUACACGGGGAAUGGGCAUUACGGUGCUGUAAUGCAGAAUCGGUAUAUAUAGGUUUUGAAAAAAUGGGAUGUCUUCAUACGAACUAUUUUAACUUUAGUCACCAGCUUGGUGCGUGUUCUAUUCGGCUCUCGCGGAAUAAGGCCUACUAGCUCUUCUCUUGGAAAACAACACGAGUCUUUCACAAUGGCACAUGUAAAAGAUAGUCUGAAGUAUUUUUGUGAGGAGUAAGGAGUGUUUUUGUCUGAUUAUCAGUUCACUUUUCAACACCGCUAGCUAGCUAUACGUUAUAGUCCGAGACGAAAAUGGAGACGGGAAUCCAAACUCACCAGUUUGUCCACGCCGUAUCCAACCCUGGAGCAGCGGGUAUAUGCACUGAAAUGCUCGAGGUGGCAGAGGAAGCAAACCGGGCAGGUGACUACGACCUUGCCGCGGAGAUCUAUAGCUCUCAGCUGGUGGACCUCCAGCAUCCAGACCGGGGCAUCUGUUUGCGCAAAGCUGACGCUCUGUCCCAGGCGGGGCGGAUAGCAGAGGCGCUUGACUCGUACUGCACCGCGGCCAACAUUGGCAAACUUCGACCGGACGAAUUGCAGCUUUUGGUUGUAAACAUAGCACGGACCCUUCGCGAGAAGGAGCUAAACAUUCAUGGGAAGGCAACGAGUUGUCAUAAAAGUGGGAAUGGAGACGAUGGUUUUGAGGACGAACCCCUGGACUUGUUUUCAUGCCGCCUUUGUAGGUGUUUACUAUCCGAACCAACCACCUUGGAGUGCGGCCAUACAUUUUGCAAACAUUGUUUAGAAAAAGAAACGGUCAAAAACUGCAUACAAUGCAAACAUAAACUGAACAGAAAAGACGUACAGAUCCUUCCCAUUGGGCUUAGAGUAAAUGUCAUCCUCAGUAGUUUGUUGGAUAAAUGGUUCGACUCUGAAAGUAAAGCCAGGAGGCAUUGGAUAGAAGGUGAGGUCUCACAGAAGAAGCACAACUACACAGAUGCUUUGGAGAAGUACAACAAAGCCGUAGAACUGGCGCCAUCUGUAGGUCGGCUACUGGGACAGCGUGCUGAGCUGCACUUGGACAGUAGCAACUAUAGCCAGGCCAUCCAGGAUGCAGAGAGCAUGUGUAGACUCAAACCUCUCUGGCCAAAGGCCCACUACAUCAAGGCCUCAGCCCUGAGUAAAGCCAACCGCAAUGAUGAGGCCUUAAAGGAGUACUUCCUGUGUGUGGCACUGAAACCUGAUUGGACGAUGGUAAAGCUGGAAGCCCAGAAGGUGCUUAGUGAGCUGUUCUCGUCAGUGUUUGAGAAGGACGGUCAGCCCACUCCCAAACAUCCUUUACAGGGUGGUCCUUCCACUCGCCUUCUCAAGCCGUCUGCCCUGCUCGGCUCUCUGCACCCCUUCACCACCCCACCGAGGCCUGGCUGCUCCUCACAGGACUCAGAGUUCAGAGUGAGGAAGAGUUCUCUGUGUGAGGUUCCCUCAGACUCCUCCAAACAUUCCCUGUCCCCCAGCAGUGAGGCUGAGAAGCCCUUGCUAGAAGACGCCAAGAGCCUAGCCAGUGUCCUGGCUGCCCUGCCUGCCCCCCCAGGCGGUCUCAAGAGGAGACACAGUGGGGACGGCCCAGCCUUCAGCCCUCCCUCCAAACUGCUCAGACCAGAUGAAGCCUGCUCCACCUCUCACCCUCCUGCUGCUUCCCUCUGGGGGAGGACGGUGGCUGCAGACCUGCUCGACAGUAGAGAUAUGGAGUGCUCCCUCUGCAUGAGGCUGUUCUUUGAGCCUGCCGCCACCCCCUGUGGACACACCUUCUGCCUCAAGUGUCUGGAGCGCUGUCUGGACCACAACCCCUACUGCCCUCUCUGCAAAGAGAACCUCUCCGAGUAUCUGGCCACUAGAGGGUACAACAAGACCCUGCUGAUGGAGGAGGUGCUGCAGCGUUACCUGGGAGACGAGCUUGCGGAGAGGAAGAAGAUCCACGAGGAGGAGAUAAAGGAACUGUCAAACUUGAACCAGGAAGUGCCGAUCUUUGUGUGCACCAUGGCCUUCCCCACCAUCCCCUGUCCGCUGCACGUCUUUGAACCGUGCUACCGCCUCAUGAUCCGCCGCUCCAUGGAAACCGGCACCAAACAGUUUGGCAUGUGCAUCGCUGACGAGUUGAAGGGUUUCGCAGAUUACGGCUGCAUGCUGGAGGUCCGGGACGUCAAGUUUUUCCCUGAUGGGAGGUCUGUGGUCGACACCAUCGGCGUGUCUCGCUUCAAAGUACUGAGCCACGGCCAGAGAGACGGAUACAACACGGCCAAGAUCGAGUACCUGGAGGAUAAGAAGGUGGAGGGCCAGGAGUUAGCGGAGCUGCAGAAGCUUUAUGUCUCUGUGUACGACCAGGCCAGCAGCUGGUUCACCUCCCUCAAAGACAACAUGAAGAGCCAGAUAAUCAGCCACUUUGGACACCUGCCUGGGAAGGACCCUGACCCACAGGGUAAUCCCAGUGGUCCAGCGUGGGCUUGGUGGCUGUUGGCUGUACUGCCUCUUGACAACCGUGCCCAGCUCACCAUCCUGGCCAUGCCCUGCCUCAAGGACCGCCUCAUUGCCAUCCGCAGGGUCCUGAUCUUCGUCACGCGCAAGAGACCCCGAUGACCGCUCAACCACAACCGCUAUGACCAUGCAUAGUCAUUCACUCAUUCAGUAAACCCACUCAUCAGCUUUCAUAUCAGGGCAAUGCCUUUGACUCUUUUACAAAUGUAGCUCUCUGAAUCUGAAGAAGACAUUGGGAGACAUUUGGUUGGAUUGUAGGGGGUGGGAUAGGGAGGUCAUCGUUUCUGGUUGUCCAUCCAUCCAUCUACCUAUCAAUGUCCAGUUCACCUGUGUCCUCUGUCACUGUGUCACAAGAACUCACUGGAACUAUGGACUUUGUCACGCCAUCUCUCAGCUUCUUCUGUUCCUUCUCUCAAGGGAGGGAAUAAGAGAGCACGAUAAUCAGACUGGUGACUGUCAUGAUGCACCAGAACUGGGCCGACCGCAUAACUGUGUUGGGUCCGCAAUGUUGUAACUUAAUGUAAAAAAUGUUUUCUAAGAAAAAGAAAAUAAGACCUGACACGACCAAAAAUGAAUUUGUAUGACUGAAAAAGAAACCAAUGCCGACUGUAUUGGGUUGUCUUUAGUUUGGGUGUCGUUAUGUUUCUGUUGUUCAAUCCCUGCUGACUAUGGUGCGAGACUCAUGUAAGACCCAGAGCGAUAGAAACCUCCAAAAUGGAGUAGAAGGUGUACAUAUGAGGAUGUGCUCCUGCUUAAAUGGCUGCUUCUCACUGAUUUCUACAUGACUGGGGAAAUGGAGGCAAAACAUGAAGCUAUGCAUCUAACCCAGUCAUAUGUAUAUGCCUCAAUAAUAGUGGAAAAGUAAUAAUUGCGCAUCUCAAAUAAACGCUAAAUAAUCCUAAAAUUGGUUUGCAUGUAGAUUGAAGAGAUUUGGGUUAAACUCAAUUAAUUAAAUUUUAGUAAACUUUCAGUAAAAUAAAGACUUGCAUUUCUCCACUGUAA